CUUCUUUCAACCGUCUGAAGUUUCGUCCUUACUUUACCCUGAAUGCUCGUGUCUUUAUGAACGGUUCCCGGGCUCUGAGAUUUCUCACUGCUGUCACCGACACGUGCCCAUGUGAAAAUUCACAUCCCAUAAUAAUCUUAGCCGACCAGUCUUGGCCCCGGACCGCCACGGCUCUUCGAAUUGACACCGAAGAUGAAUCACGAGCUCAUCCUCCCAUGUCGUACCGCUCACUUGACUUCUAGCGAUGGCGCUGUUGAAUCCACGCGAGGGGCAUGCAACGUAUAUAAGGGGCCUGUUCCUGACCCUUGUUGGACGCAGCUUACGACGCAAUGCGCUUUCUCUUUCCUCUCCUCGCCGUCCUUUCCGUGCAUGCGCACAAAGCGACUACGCCGCCCGCCGGCGCUGUCAUCGUCCGGCCGAAUACAACGGUGCCAGGGGAGUUUCCGGAUCUGGGGAGCGCCAUCAAUGCGCUGCCCGCCGACAACAGCUCGCAGACUGUGUUCGUCUUCCCGGGGCUGUAUGUUGGACAGGUGAACGUUUCGCGUCCGGGGCCGGUCACGAUCCGAGGAUACACCGAGCACGCGCUCAACUAUGCGCACAACACCGUGACGCUGCUCCACAACGCCUCGCUCGCGACGGGCGCAGGGAGCGACGACCGCACGGGCACUCUGCGUGUCCUGUCCGCCAACGUGUCGCUUUACAACCUCAACAUCGUCAACAACUUCGGCGUCGCGCUGACGAAUGGGCAGGCCAUUGCACUGAGCGCCCAGGCGGACCAGAUGGGGGUUUAUGCGUGCGGUUUGUUCUCUUACCAGGACACGCUUUACACCAAUGUCGGGAACCACAUCUUCCUCAAGUCUUACAUCGAGGGCGCCGUGGACUACAUUUUUGGCCGGCAUUCCAUCGCAUACUUCCAGGGCAACACCCUGGCGAGUCGCGGCUCGGGAUGCAUUACCGCUAGCGGGCGUCAGCUGAACGACAGCGGAAUCUACCUUUUCGAGGACAACAAAGUCAUCGCUGCAGCGGACGCAUUCUCAAAUGUGACUGAUCACGUCUUUCUGGGUCGCCCAUGGGGAAACUGGGCUCGCGUGAUCUUCAAGAACACAGACAUCCAAGCUCCGAUGAACAACACGAUUUGGUCGAUCUGGAACGUCGGCAAUGCAAACACCGACUUCGUGGACUACGUUGAGUACAACUCAUUCGGUCCGGGGGUAGAAAACGCGAACCGCCCGAAUUUCUCGACGGUCAUCACCAAAAAAGAGGCCGCGGGGUACACACUGCAGAGUAUCAUACCGAACUGGGCCGAUUGGGUUGACUCGAAGUACGUACAUUGAAAUGCGCCAUCUGGCGCAUUACCAAACGUCGAAAACUUGUGCGCCUUUUUCUUGCUUUUCACGGUACAGAUGCACUUGUGACACCGAUGGCUGCGCAUUAUCUUAUUUUUUAUGGCGAUGUACUGCUACCGCUGAUUAAUCAAUUAUCACUUGCUCAUUGCAUGACUGGCUGCGAUCAAUGUGAGACAAGUGACCCAGUGUAAUCCCUCCGAUUUAAUUGAGAAGCUCGCCACAUACUAUGUGUGUUCAAAUAGCUAUUUCAGGGAUUCUACCGCCAUAACAGCGAAAAUUUGCCACACCACCACCGUGGUCGCACUCAUUUUAGAUUGACACCGGGAUUCACGGUCAGAUCCCGCUGCAGUUGGCGGUAAAAAUACAUAUGGCCGCUAUCUUUAGCGAUUAUAUGAGCAGACAGAAAUAUAGGACAUUGUGCUCCACCAGAGGUUGUCGGCUCAACGAAGAAUCUUUCGUGACCGCAUUCACAGGCAGAACGAUGGUAUAUGCUCAUGCAAAGUCGUUCAACCGGGCCACUUCUGAAUCGGCAUAGGCGAUUAUAUCCUUGAUCCGAGACGCCCGCGGACUGCGUCUCAAUCCGUCUCUCAAGAGCUGAUAUGCCUCGAUGCAGUCGAUAUGAAAGCGCAGUCCAUCCAGCCAUAUCCGCUCUCCAGCGCCACGCGACCGGUCCUCGGAGUCCAACAAGACCGCUCGCAGCACUGCAUUGUCGCCGGUCGCGCGCAGAUUCAGCUCGAGGAGCGCGCGAACAAAGUCUAGUUGGUGCUGCCUGUGGGGAAUCGGCACGUCCGCGAGGCUGAGCGGCAUGUGAAUGCUGCUUUCGAGGGUCAGAUAGAGUCCCUCCAGGACCUCCUUGGCCGCGUGGAUCUUCGGCGAGCUCGCGCACGCUCGCAGGAAACGCCCGAUGCAAACUAGUGUCGCUUCUCGGAUGCGGACCUGAAACCCACAACUCAGCGAUCUCAGCGCCUCGAGUGAGAGGGGAUGCAGACUGCAGUUCCGGGCAGGGAGGACCGCCGCUGUCAGAGCCGGAAAAAUCGGCGAGCGGCUUAUUUUGAGCAGCAGCGCGGUGCUCUCCGGCAUUCUUUCCGCGAGGGCACGGUCGACCUGGUGGCUCCAAAGCAGGUUGAGGGACACGAGGGAGUUCCUCGUCAUGAUGGCCGCGAGCGAUGGGGCCACAGCGCUGUUCGAGACCUUGAUCAGAGCCUGCAUGAACUGACUCUCGCCGACGACGCUCGCGUCCCGGCGCGGCGCACCGUCCGCCCCGCAAAUCAGGUUGAACAGCCCGUGCAGCAACUGCUCGCGUAUCGUUCUGUUGUGUCUCGGAUGAAGUGGCCCGGACCGUGCGCCCCGGAUGUAGAGGGACAUGAAACGGUAGAAGACCGAUUUUGGCACGUGCGCGAGGAGAAGAUCCAGUGCGUUGCUGCAUCUUAGCGGUGUGCUGAAAAGUGCACAGAACGACAGUAUCUUGUCGCCGAGAACAUCGAAUGGCCACGGCGGAGACUGAUUGUGAGCGAGGACCUCGACCGCUCCCAUGCAGUACGCAAGCAGGACAGACAUCCCGGCAUCGACACACGGGUUGACCUUCUCGGCGUCGCAUCCGUAUUUAGCCCGUCUGUCGAUGAGGACCUUGAAAUCGUAGUAAAACAAGACACAUGUUUCAAUGUCGGCAGAGGAGGUGCCAAGCAAGGAUCUCAGAGUCGAGCAUGUAGUGUCGAAUUCGUCCGGAGUCUCUUCAGAUUCAGUCGUGCGCAGAAUAUAUGUAGAGAGAAGAAUGAACAAGGCUCUGAUGAGCUCAGAGCGGAUGUUCCGGAUUUUCUCCGGCAACAGGCUUUCCUCGGUGAGAUCCGACAGAGCAUCAAGAUGAUCUCGGCGGUGAACUGUGUGCAGACGUGAUGUUCGGAUGAAGAGCUGAUAGCCCGAAAUGGCCUGCUGCAGUUCAAGAAGCAGCUCAGCAGACACGGCGUCGUUUCCGGA